AUGAACGACAUAAAUACUACAGAAUCGGUGCAUCUACCCUCGAAGAAUAACUCAGAGGAAGCCAGUAUUGACAACCACCCUUCAGGAAGCCAUGAGUCUAAAGGGAGUUCAGAUGCGCCAAAAGAAUUACCACCAGCUGCAAUGGACCCUACACUCCCUCUCAACUGGUCAACACUCAAGAAGUUUUACAAUAUGGGAGUACCGUCAUGGCUAUGUUUUGUCAUGUAAGGACCACCAGUCAUCCUUGAGAUUCAAAGCUAAUAUAUUUCUAGUUCCUUUGGACGUUCCAUAUAUACACCAGCUGUCCCCGAUGUGAUGAAAGAUUUUCAUGUAUCCAAUACCGUCGCCAUCCUCCCGCUCACUACUUAUGUUCUUGGAUUGUCUUUUGGUCCAAUGAUCAGUGCACCUGUGCGUGUCACCUCUUCUCCCUUGCUAAUUCUGCUAAGUAGUCCGGAUCAGUGAAAUGUUCGGCAGAUUAGGCACUUACAAAGUCGUCCCUCCCAUCUCGGCUAUCUUCACCUUAGCAGCCGGAUUUUCUCCAAAUAUAACAGCCUUAUGUUUACUCCGCUUUUUUGCCGGCUUUUUUGGCGGAGCUUCGCUUCCCGUUAGUGCUGGAACUUCUGCAGAUUUGUUUCAUCCAAAAGAUCGAGCUGUAGCCGGUACUUUCAUGUUAUAUAUCCCGUUCUUAGGUAAGUCUUCCAUAUGGUAGCCUGCUAUACCACAAAGAAAAGCUAACAUCGCUAUUCCGGGCCCCGCUAUCGGCCCAGUCGUUGGAGGAUUUAUUACACAGCACAAUGGUUGGAAAUGGUCCCAGUAUACAUUGGCAAUCAUCAUAGCUGUAACAUACUUUCCGGUAUUCUUUCUGGAAGAAACAUAUCUCAAGGCCAUCCUCUCAAGAAGGGCGAAGAAAGUUGAAGCUAUUAUAGAAACGACUAAUGGGGCGAAGCCUCCUGCAUCAAAGCUACUCCUUGGAGUGGUAUUCAUCACUCUCCUCCGCCCGACGAAAAUGCUCUUUACCGAACCUAUCGUGUCGUUGCUCAGUAUAUAUGUUGGUUUCAAUUUUGCGGUCAUCUUUACUUUCUUUGCUAGUGCUCCAUAUGUUUUCGGUACUGUAUACCACUUCGAUCGUGGAAUCACAGGACUUGUGUUUCUGGCAGUUGGGCUUGGCUGCACUUUUGCAGUUCCCACCACAAUUCUUUGUGAUAGAUUGUUCUAUCAAAAACAAUUACUGAAGUCUGAGCACGAAGGAAGUACCACCGUUGUUACACCUGAACAUCGAUUGCCUGCUGCUAUGAUUGGUGCGUUUGGCUUACCGGUCGGAUUAUUCUGGUAUGGCGUCCUUGGUCAUAACUUCACACCCAACUACUCACAUCUGCAGGUUCGCAUGGUCAGCUAGGGAAAAUGUCCACUGGAUUGUUCCAAUUAUCGGUAUGGUGCCCUUUGCUUGGGGAAACUUAUGUAUCUUCGUGAGUCUUCUGCAUCCGAAACAAAACACCUUGCUAAUAUAACGCAGAUCAGUGCUUGUUUGUAUUUAAUCGACACUUAUGCAGUCCUCACGGCUGCUAGUGCUGUUGCGGCAAAUACUCUACUCAGAUAUAUUCUAGGGGAAACAUUUCCUCUAUUCACGGUGUCCAGUAAGUGUUUGUGUAAAGAAGUGUUGACUCUCGCUAAUAAUGACAGUGUACCGUCAGCUAGGGAUUAGAUGGGCCACGAGCCUUCUUGGCUUUUUAUCUCUCGCGAUGGUGCCUAUACCUUGGGUUUUCUAUAAAUGGGGCCCGCAGAUCAGAGCAGCUAGUGGAUUUGAGACCAACAAAACUCUGUCAUAG